UGAGAUUUUAUCAAUCGGGGUUGUAAAGUUUGCAGCAUCCAAGGUCAUUGGCCCAUGUCAGGAAUCCUCUUAAUAUCAAAUUCUCCAAUUCUUGCUCUUCUGCAAAAAUGCAAAAGCGUGAUAGAGCUAAAGCAAAUCCAAAAGCACAUGAUCACCAAUGGCUUGGCUUGUUUCACCUUUAUAACCAGCAAAAUCUUAGCCUUCUGUGCACUGUCACACAAUGGAGACAUCGAUUGUGCGCAAACCGUUCUCAAUUAAAUUCAAAUACCCAAUGCCUUUAAUUUCAAUUCCAUGAUAUUGGGUUUGUCUCAAAACUCACAUCCUCAAAAGGGUCUUUCACUUUUUGCACGUAUGCUUAGCAUAGGGAUCAGACCAAAUUCCCAUAUUUUUAGAAGUUUGAUAAAAUGCUGCGUUUGCUUUUCUUGGCUUGAUCAAGUUCAUUGUUAAAUAUUGAAAUUCGGACACGUGUAUUAUAUCAUUAGUUCUAUUAUUAAUAUGUAUUCAAAGUGUGAAGCAAUGGAACUUGCUCGUCAAAUUUUUGAUUAAAGUAUUGAUCUAAAUGUGGUCUGGUUUGUGGUACUGUAGUAAUGGCUUGAUGAAUGAAGCGCGUAAGAUGUUUGAUACAAUGCCAGAGAGAAAUGAAAUUUCUUAUAAUGCAGUGGUUUCUGGGUAUGUUCGGAACGGUCAUUUCAAUGAAGCCAUUGAGUUGUUUCAAGAAUUGAAGAGUUGUAGUAGUGUGAGGUUUAGUGGAUCUCUUUUGGUUAGUGUCCUUGAUGCCUGUGCAGCAAUAGGUGCAUUUGAAGAUGGGAAAUGGAUUCAUUCCUAUGUAGAUGGGGACAGUUUGGAUUAUGAGCUCGAGAUGGGCACUGCAUUGAUAGAUUUUUAUGCUAAGUGUGGUCACGUAAAAGAGGCUGUUGAAAUAUUUAAGAAGAUGCUAUAUAAAGACGUAACAACUUGGAGUUCUAUGAUCCUGGGGUUGGCUGUCAACGGAGAUAAUGAAAGAGGAAUUGAGCUUUUUGCAGAGAUAGAGAAGAAGGGGACCUACACCCAACGCUGUAACUUUUGUCGCAGUUCUCAUUGCUUGUAAUCACAAAAUUUUGAUGAGUGUUUGGAUGGAAUAUUAUCUACUCCCAAAAUUUAAGGCAUAUUUAGUUUAACUAUUGCAUUAA